AUGAACGCCAAAGGCCCUAUCAACCCCUUCUUCCUCCUCGCACGCGGCGUGCACAAGCCAGAAAGUGUCGCGUUCACAUUUAUAUACGCUUUCUUCUUAAUCCUCCUCACUUUGCGCCUGCUACGCCGACCUCGGUUUAAGUUGAUCUACCUCUUCCUAGUCAUCUUCACCGGUUCAACCUUUAUCUCCCGCUGGCUCCUGUCCGACGCCUCCCCGAACGACAGCUCGUUUAAGAUUCUCCUCAUCGUCGCUGGGAUCUUCGUUGUUGCUGGCUUCCUCUUCAUCGUUGAAGCAGUGAUGGCCCUCCUCUUCGAGUGGCAUUGCACUAUGCGGGGAGUGGACAAUCCCCGUCUCCGGCGCAUCAUGACCAUUGUCCACCACAUGAUUGUACUGGGCAUCUCUGUUAUCGGCAUUGUUGGCGCGGUCAUGCAAAUCACGGCCCUAGACUCCCUGAACAUGGCCCAGUUCGACACGGCCAAAAGUCUCCGACAGGCCAGUGGAGCACUAUUCAUGGUCGUCGCUCUGUACCUCAUGAUCUAUCCCUUCAUCCUACUCUUCCUCUUUAACCCAGUAGGGGUGAACAAGGCUCUCCCAACCGUCAUCCUCUCGCUUUGCGGCACGGCCGUCAUGAUGGAGAGCCUCUACCGCGUCGUCGGGGCGAGCGUCACCUCGGGCUGGUUCCUCACUCAGAACGCACUUGAUGUGUUGCUGUUCAUGCCCGAGAUGAUUGUCCUGAUCGCCUUUACAGCGUUGGACUUUGACAACCUCGCUGAUGUCCGCUUGGCAUUAGGGCGGAAGAAGAAGGAUGAGGAUGAGGACGAGGAUGAUGAGGACACGCUGUCCGAGACUGCGCGCAAGGAUAUCGAGACAGAGUCGAUUGCAAUGAAGGGUAUGAGAACGUAG